CUUUACUCAAAAGAAGAAAGUAUUUUCAAAAGUUCUUUUAUUUCACUCCUGCGGUUCCCCAUUCCCCUUCACCUCAGUGUGUCCCAUGAAAAUUAGGCACCUUCUCACCCACCGCCCAGGGUCUACAAGCUACGUGCCCACUAGCUCUGCCAGUCCAUUAGAGUUUGCUGUUCAGUGCAUGAAGGUUUGUGCCUUCAAAGAGUAAGAGACACUCCCAGGGGAGAUUCAUUGCCCAUUUGGACUUUCACAAGAAGGAUGGCAGCACAGGCAUCAACAUCAAAAGCUGAGUCUUGGUAUUCUCACCCAGCAUAUGCAAGAUACUGGCAACAUUAUCAUCAAGGAAUGACUUCGAUGCGAAACCAUCGGAAUGCCUACAGAAAGGCCAUGCAAUUCUAUUUCAGUUUUCCAUGGCAUCUCUCUUCUGCAGUUUCUUCCCAAAGCUCUUGUGAUAAUGAGGCUAGAGAUCUUCAGUCUUUCAGUGACCAUCACUUAGCCCAGCAGGACUACCACUGCAGUUCACAUUUCAGAAGGUCUAGGAAGCAGCGACAUAUUAGCAAGAGGUUCCAGGUAUCCUCAAGAGAAGACCAAACUCCCUCCCAAGAUGAGGAGGUAGAGACUGAGUCAGAUGUGGGGGUAGAAUGUGACCUGAGCAACAUGGAAAUCACGGAGGAGCUCCGCCAGUACUUUGCAGAGACUGAGAGGCAUAGAGAAGAGCGACAGCAGCAGCAGCAGCUGGAUGCACAGCGCCUAGAUGACUAUGUGAACGCCGACCAUGACCUGUGCUACAACCCCCACAGGUCAGUCAAAGCCCCGACUGAGAGGCCAGGAGAGCAACGCAAGGCCGAGAUGAAGCACUUGUAUGGGGACAGCGCUGCCAAAAUCCAGGCCAUGGAGGCUGCAGUGCAGCUGAGCUUUGACAAGCACUGUGACAGAAAGCAGCCCAAGUACUGGCCUGUCAUUCCCCUGAAAUUCUGAGCCCUGGGCUCAGGGACCCCUGCGAGUGCUGUCUGCACAGGGACCCCAGACUCAUCCCCUUCCUUUUGGGUACAUUCCCUUCAUCUUUCCUUGCCUACAGUUGUCAGGGAAAAGGAACUUUAUGCUGAGAUACUGCCAUGUUCAUCAGAGUCCCAGUGGGCCUCACAGGGUAGAGGUAAUAUGCCAGUCACUUGGAAUUCAGCAGGACCUAUACUGUUGCCAGCGUGAGAAAUCUUCUGACUUUAGAUGAUAAUUUUGUAUCUCCUGCAUUGUUUUCUGAUGCUGAUAAUUGUUCAGUUCAUUAAAGUCUUGCCUAGAAAAAAAAAAGUUCUUUUAUUUAUAAAAAGCCUUCUUAAAAACCGCUAUAGCUGGGUGUGUGCCUGUACUCCUAACUCCAGAAAGUGAAGCUGGAUGACAGCUUCAGCCCAGGAGGUGGAGGCUGUAGCAGCUGUAAUCUUGCCUGUGAGUAGCCACUGCACUGCAGCUUGGAUAAGAU